AUGCAAGACAAGCUUCUUGCAGCUGAUGGCCCGAGCAAGCGGAGGAGGAAGCGGAAGCGGCAAGGAAGCGAGGUGCUAGCGGUCAAGGCCGCAAGGGCUGCUGUGAGCCCGAGCGUCGAAUGCAAAGCUCCUGGCCAUGGACCCUUGCGUGGGCUGCUCCUGUCUGUCCUGCCCGAUGCUGCAGAGCUGGUGGCGGUGCAGUCCUGUCUUGGCCACGUGCAGGUCUUGGCCCGGCAGCUGUUGGGUGAGACCGCCGCGAUCGUGGUGCAGGGCUCCUAUGCCCAGGGCUUGGCGCUUCGGGGAUCUGAUCUGGAUGUCGCGGUGAUUGAGGAGGGCCUGUCCAAGCAGAAGGAUGCAGUGGACCGGAAGCAGGCACUGGCAUGCCUGCGACAAAUGGCGAUUGCCCUCCAGGAGGCCAAGCUGCCGGACAUCCGCAUCGCCUUGCGGAUCUUCACCGCCAAGGUACCGGUUCUGCGGCGACUUGCCUGCACGAUGGCGCGGGAACAUCGUGAUCCGAGCAUGCUCCACUGCGGCGCCAAGGGCGAGCGGCAUACCGUGGUGGAUGUCUCCGUGGGGGGCAGCCUCCUGAGGGGUGCCUGCGACCGCAGCGUCUAUGCUGUGCUGAAGCAGGACAAGCUCGGCAUAUCCACGGCGUUGUGCCGCAUGGUGAAGCUUUGGGCAAAACGCCGACGGCUUACCAACACGCUGAAGGGAGGCCUCAGCAGUUUCUCCUUCGUGCUACUGACCAUCUUCUUUCUGCAGCAGGGAGGAGAGUCAAAUGCUGCAGGGCAGUCCCAUGGCCUGCCACCACAGAGCCUGGUCACCGGCACCAAGCCCACGCCGGCAAAUCCAGACAAGUGCUGCCCACCUCCCUUGGGCCUCCAACCGCAGGCUUCCGAAGAGGACCUUGGGCGCUUACUUUUGGCGUUCUUUAACUGGGCGGCAGAGGACUUGCCACGGCUUCAGAGCUUCACACUCUCUGUUGCCACUGCAAAAGCCGAGCGCCGGGCUGGGGCCUACAAACCUUUGAUCCUGGCCGUGCCUUUUGCCCCCGCGGAGAAUGCUGCUCGCUGCCUACGCGCGGAUGUUUGGGAAAUGCUGAUCCGGCGCGAGCUGCAGCGAGCAAGCCGCUUCAUGAAGCAGAUGGUCAGCCAAAAUGGGCCUGACCGAAAAGAGACGGUGAGGUUGCUGUUUGCCCCCGCCGGGGAGGACCAAGAAAACGCGCUUCCGCUACAACCAGACCUGGCUGAAGACGCGCUGCCUCAUGAAACAGAGGCGCCGCCUCAGUCAGAUGCCGAAGGCUCGCAGAGCGACCCUCCCAUGGGACGCGCUGCCCGGAAGAGGCGGCGCAAGAUCGAACGGCGGACGCGCAGCAGGCAGUCUCCAGCCUCAGACGUGUCGAUGCCCGAGGUGGUUGCCCCUGUUGACAGGUGGCUGGGCCUCCGUACGCUCUUGAACCCGCAGUAA